AUGGAUUCCACUGAUCUCGAGGAUAAUACCAAGAAUGACAUUUCCUCCAAGGAGAUUGAACAUGCCAGCAUUCAAGAAACACUAACCUUUACCCCCGAGGAAGAACAGGCACUGGUCCGUAAGAUUGAUCUUACCCUUCUGCCGACAAUAUGGAUCAUGUACCUGCUGUCUUACUUGGAUCGCACAAACAUCGGAAAUGCAAAGAUAUCGGGCAUGGAAACAGAUCUCAAACUAAAUUCCAACGAUUAUUCAAUUGCUUUAGUAGUAUUCUUUGUUGGUUAUGUGGCUUUCGAAGUGCCAAGCAAUCUCAUUCUAGGUCGCACACGGCCGUCGCUCUUCCUUCCGGGAAUAAUGGUCAUUUGGGGGCUACUUACAUGUCUUAUGGCAGUAAUCAAAGAUUUCAAGCACCUCAUUGUGCUUCGAGUCAUCAUUGGAUGCGUUGAAGCCGGUUUCGCUCCCGGCGUUCUUCUCGUCCUCUCAUCGUGGUACAAAAGAACCGAACAAUCCAAAAGGUUUGGCGUAUAUAUCUCAGCAGCAAUUCUGUCAGGGGCAUUUGGAGGGUUACUCGCUGCUGUUAUUGUUGACAAACUCGAAGGUGCAUAUGGAAUCAGAGGAUGGCGAUGGUUAUUCAUUGUGGAGGGUGCUGCAACAAUUGGGGUUGCGUUGAUUUCUCUUUUCAUACUUCCUGACUUCCCUGCAACAUCCAGGCGCCUCUCAGAACGAGAGAGACACAUUGCAGUCGCUCGUCUAGUGACCGAGAACGUCACUGCCGUUACUAAUGACAGUGAGCACCUGAGCAAUUGGGAGGCCGUCAAGGUGUCUGUGAGGGACUGGCGUACCUGGGCCUUUGUUGUGGGCUACAUGGUUAUCGUUGGCUCAAGCACGCUAACCUAUUUCUACCCGACCCUGAUCAAGGGUCUCUUUGGCGAUGCCUCAACGGAGAAGAUCAACUAUCUAACAAUCCCAAUUUAUGGUGUAGCGUUUGUUUGCACUGCCAUCACGGCUUACAUCAGUGACAAGGUUCCAAGCUGGAGGGGGUUGAUCAUUGCUGCGUGGCUAGCCUUCUCACUGGCAUGCUCCAUUAUCGUCUGUGCAGUAUACAACUAUACGGCUAGAUAUGUUCUACUCGUCCUGAUGGCCACUGGUCUUUGGGCCACAAAUGGAGGAACAUUGGCCUAUGCAUCAUCAGCCUUUGCUGGAUUGCACCCACAGGCGAGAGGCGUGAGUUUGGCCUUGGUCAAUGCCUUGGGAAAUCUGGCCCAAAUAUAUGGCUCGUACCUGUUUCCGGAUUCCGAUACCCCCAAGUACAUUAUGGGAUUUUCCGUGAUAUCGGCCAUGCUGGCAUUGGGCGUUAUUGUCUUCCUAUUAUUGCACAUCUGGUUUCGUCGUCGCGCUAGAUUUUUACUGGAUGAGUGA